AUGGCUCCCGCUUCCGCCACUCAGAAGCCUAAAGACCUCAAGGAGAAGGGCCUCUCCCGAGCUUCGAGUACCUCCAAGGCUGAUCCUGAGAGUCCCAUAACUGAUGCCAAUGGAACUGAGAGUAGCCACCUGAAAGAGCUCCAGAAGUCUCUCCGCAAUGCCAUCAAGAAGCUGAACUCUACCGCUAAGCUCGAUGCCAUCCUCGCUGAGAACCCCGGCAAGUCCCUCGACGAACUCAUUGAGGAGAAGAAGAUCAACAACGACCAGAAGGCCCAGGCUAUGAAGAAGCCUUCUCUCCAGGCUGCCGUCAAUCAGAUCGAGGAGCAGAUCACCAUCUACAAGCAGUUUGCUGCCCAAUACGAAGAGAAGUUGGCCGCUCAGAAGGCUGAACUCUUGAAGGCCCACAAGGAGGAGUUGGAGGCUGUCCGUGGAAAUGCAGUUGCCGAUGCGACUGAAUCUAGCGCCAAGGCACUUCGCGAGCGCCUGCUUACCAUGAGCAAGUUCUUGUGUGCCGCAGCCAACCUCCGUCGCGACGGUGAUGCUACUACUGUGGAGAGUCUUGCUUUCGAGGGUGUCCUGUUCCAGGUCUACGGUGGCUCGCAGGAUGCAGUCAAUGCAAUGGUGAAGUUGAUUGACGGUGCCGAUGAGAAGGUCAUUGGUGUGGAGGGUGAAGCGCUUGAGUUCAGCUAUGGUGAUGUGAAGCAGGCCUCCAACAAGUUCGCUCCCACUGAGGAGAUCACCGAGACUGUCCCCGAGACCACCCCCGCCUCUGAUCCUACCAUGGCCAACGCUGGCCUCACCGAGCUUCAGGAUGCUUCAUUCGGCGCCAAUACUGCACCUACCUCCGAGAACGAUCAGCUCGCUCCGCCUGCCCAGACUCUUGUUUCUGAUGCUGCCAACACUAUUGCAGAGAAGAGCUAUGGCUCUGUUGACCAGGCCGGCGACGCUGAUAAUGUUGAGCUUCCUCGUGACCCUGCCGAGACCGACACUGGCCUCCAGGCUACUCCCGCCAGCGCUGAUGGCGGUCUGAACAACGGUUCUGCUGGCGCCGACGUUACCCAGGAGAACGGUGCCAAGGGACAAGCCAAUGGACGUCGCGGGCGUGGCCCUCGUCGUGAGGCAUCUCGCGGUGGUGGCCGCGGCCGAGGUGAUGGCAAGCGUGAGCGCGGUCGUGGUGGUGGUGGUCGCGGUCGUGGCGGUCGUGGACGCGGUGGUGGCAAUGGUUCGCCUACUGAAGCCCAGCUCAAGACCAAUGGUGGCACAUCUAACUAA